AUGAAAUUUUUCAUAAUUUUUGGUCUGUUUUUAGGAAUUUAUACAGUUUCUGCGUUGACUACAAAAGACGAUACUCAUGUGAGUUUUUUGUUUGAAAUUUUUCUGAAAAUUUGAAUUUUUUGCAGGUUGGCCGAGUUUUGUCAUUUGAAAGUGUUUCAACUUUAACAUGUUUUUUUGAGCCGCUGGAAUCUGAGAUGUUUUUGACAAUUGCGAUGAGGGUGAGAAGUUUUGGGCAGAAUUUUAAGCAUAAAAAUUGGGUCAUAUGAGUUUUGAUCUGGAAAAAAAUCUGAAAUUGUUAUUUUCAAUUAAAAAAAUAAUUUGCUCUGGAAUUUUCAGCAUUAAAAUUUGGUUACAAAUAGAAUUUCCAUUCUGAAAAAAUCUGAAAUAAAAAUUCAGCUUUUGUGCCAAGAAAUUUCGAAAAAAAAUAAAAUUUUCUCACAAUCAACAAAAAAAACUGUGCAAGAAAAAGGGCGUGGCCUCAAAAUAAUCAAUCUUUUCGAGGGAAAACAUUUUUAUAAAAGAAAUUUUGGGAUCCAUUUUUAACAAAAAAUUGGUUGGUUUUAAAGGUUUUAUUCUGAAAAAUAGAAAUUUCGUUUUAAAAAAUUUUUUCUGAAAAAAAAUAAAUAUUUUGACGCCAGAAAUCCCCAAUUUUUUCUCAAAAAAAAAUACGUUUCAAACUUUUCAUAACAGUUUUCGAAUUUCAUCCAAUUCUGAUAUUAUCUUGCGAUAUACUUCUAGACAAAAUUACAUAUGAUUUUUUUUCAGCCAACUUUCGAUUCCGGUUAUCAGAUGCAAUUUCGGGUAACUUCUCCAAGUGGAGAAUGGUCAGAAUGGGCGAGUGGAGAUGGUGAUGCUUAUAUGGAACAUAAUACAACUGAAAAUGGUGAGCAGACUUUUUAUGCAGACAAAAAUCCACGUCGCAAAUUCCAAAAAAAAAUUUCCAGGUGCCUACGAGAUCUGUCUUUAUACCCGUCGCCCAAUGCGUGUCAAUAUGUUUCUUCAAUUUUACAAUCCAGAAAAAGCCAAAAAAUCUCUCGAUUCUUUUAUCGAAGCAAAUCAUUUGAGUAAAAGUAUUCAGGAAUCAAUUAUGGAAACAACUAAUCGCAUUUAUAAAAUUUAUUAUACACUCAAAUUUCAGAAUCAGGUUGGUUAGAAAAUCACGGAAACAUUUUUUGAGCUGAAAAUUAGAAUUUUAAAAUUUUUGACGUAGAUUUAGAGUAGUUGAAGAUUGUCAAAAACUGCGAAAAUCAUUUUUGAAAAUGACUUAUGACGUGGAAAAAUUUGUGGAUUCUGAAAAACAAGGAUUUCGCAAAGAUCAAUAUUGAUUCCAAAAAGUUCUUGUUAUUUCAAUUUUUCCCGAGCCUCCAAAAAUUGUGAACUUUUUGCUUAAAAAAAUUGGAAAAGUCAAUAAAAUUUUUCACUGUUUCAGAUUCAUGUUAUAGUUUUUGUUAUGAGAUACAUUUUUCGAUCGACUUUUAACAGACACAACAUAGUUUUCUAGAUUGAAAUUUUGCGCUGGAAAUCAGAAAAACCUUGAUACGACCUUCAAGAAUUUUCUUCAGAUGAUCUACAAAUUUCUGUGACGAAAGCUUUAGAAGCUAAAAAAUUGUUUAUGGCUGAAAUUUUAUGCUGAAAAUGAGAGAAAACUUGAUUUCCUGAAAUUGUCAUGAUUUUCAGACUUUUCAGCACAAAAUUUGAGUCUAGAUCGAGAUUUUUUAGCUUCUGGAGUUUUUUAUAAGCGGAUAGAGCGAUUUUCUAACUGAAAAUGUUUUUCAUGGCUUUUCCACGAUAUUAAGAGUUGAGAUAAGUUGUCUUUGACAAAAAGUCUCUGAUUGGAAUUUUUAUCUCGAAAAUUUAGAAAACAACUCCAAAUGUUCAACCAAAAAACCGAAAUUUCAGUUUUACAUGAAAAAAUUUCACUGUUUCAAAAUAUUUCUAAAGAAAAUAUUAAUUUUUGGUUUGUUAGUUCACUGCUUGUAAGUCUACUACUUAAAUAUUGCUCAAAGUCUUUGUACUUUUUUUUGCUGAAAAUCUGCCUUCUACUAUAAAAUAUUUGUAUAAUAAAAUUAUGAAGAAAAAAAAACAGUUCGAAAUGUUUCCACUUUUCAGAUGGUUGUUCGAGAUGAAGCUCUUCAAGUCAAAAAUGGUGAUUAUAUAAUGCAUUAUUCUCAAGUUUUCAGUGUUUUUGCUGUAAUUAUAGCACUUUUUCAGGUGUAUUUUGUUAGGAAAAUGUUCAACGUAGAUACGACUAAAAUUAGAAUUUGA